CCAAUUUCGUUGGUGGACACGCUUUCUUCCAUCUCCACUGUCACGCCCGUGAAGCACUACACCACCGCUCUUGGAUUUUUCCCAUCCUGCUUUGAUUCUCUUCAUUCACGGGAAAAACCACUACAAAAUUCAAAAGCUUAGCUUCUGCUUUAUAAGCACCCAUUAUUCCCCAGAAGCAAUGCGCCAUCGCAAACCCUUGAAGCCCCUUUCUCCUCUCCUCCUCAUCGCCAUGACCAUCCUCACCCUCUCUCUCUUCCUCCUACUCCUCCGCCUACCACUCUCCUCCAGCAUCAAUUCCCCACCUUCGGCCAUCAGCAACGCCUGCCGCGCUGCCCGUUUCCCUUCCUCAUGCGCCGCUGCCCUAUCCUCCUACCCUUCCCUCCCUUCAUCCCCCUCUGCUGCCGACCUCAUCGCUGCUGCCCUCUCGUCAGCAGCCGCUGGUCUCCCCACGGCGAAAUCCAUGGCGCAAUCUAUCUUCUCGUCCUCCUCCUCGAACCCUAACCGCUCCACCGCCGCCCGUAACUGCCUCGAUGACCUCUCUCUCUCCGCCCGCCGCCUCUCCGACUCUGCCUCUGCCGCCUUCCUGGCCGAUUCCCGCGCCUUUGCUGGCGCCGCCCUUUUGUACCAAUACGAUUGCUGGUCCGCACUCAAGUACGUCAACAACACCAGCGAGGUCGCCAAAGCUAUGUCCUUUCUUGACUCCCUUUACGCCCUCACUUCCAAUGCCCUUGCGAUGAUCAAUGCCCUGCAACGCUUCGGCCCUGAUGUCUCCCUCUGGGCCCCGCCCCAGACCGAGCGCGACGGCUACUGGGGUGAAUCUACUGCCGCCACCGCUGCCGCCUCCGCCAUUGGGCGACUCGUUCUACCGCCGCCGGACCUCACGGUCUGUAUCACCGGCGAAUGCGACCACCGGUCCGUGCAAGAGGCGGUUAUGCAAGCGCCGGACUAUGGAACGCGGCAUUUUGUGAUUUACAUCAAGGAAGGAGUAUACCGCGAGACGGUGCAAGUCCCGAUCGAGAAGACGAACAUAGCUUUCGUUGGUGAGGGCAUGGGGAAAACUGUCAUCACAGGUGACCUCAAUGCCCAAAUGACCGGCCUUUCUACCUACAACACGGCCACCGUUGGUGUCACAGGUGACGGAUUUGUUGCUAGAAAUCUAACCUUUGAGAAUACCGCUGGUCCAAAGGCUCAUCAAGCUGUGGCCUUUCGGUCCGACAGCGACCACUCGGUCAUUGAAUGGGUGGAAUUUUCCGGCCAUCAGGACACGCUUUAUGCCCGCUCUCUCCGGCAGAUUUACCGGCACUGCCGGAUUUUGGGCACUGUCGAUUUCAUAUUUGGCAACUCGGCCGCCAUUUUUGAGAGCUGCGACAUUCAGGUGGUGCCACGGCUGGAAUCGCCGGAGAAGGGGGAGAGUAACGCAGUAACGGCGCAUGGCAGGACUGAUCCAGGGCAGCCAACAGGAUUCGUCUUCAAGGACUGUGUUGUGAAUGGGAGUGAUGAUUAUGUUUCCAUUUAUCACCGGAAACCAAGGGCUCAUAGAGUAUAUCUUGGGAGGCCGUGGAAGGAGUUUUCAAGGACUGUGUUUUUGAAUUGCUACUUGGAGGAGAUGGUAAUGCCACAAGGAUGGUUGCCAUGGAGAGGGGAGUUCGCAUUGGCGACUCUGUUUUAUGGAGAGUAUGAGAGCAAAGGGCCAGGGGCGAACUCGUCUGCAAGGGUGAGCUGGAGCAGCCAAAUUAUGGCUGAACAUGUUGGAGUUUACUCGGCGGAAAAUUUUAUUCAGGGGAAUGGGUGGGUUCCUGCUGAUUAAUUGCAGGGAAGAUGAAGAAGCAGAAGCAAAUAAGUACAUGGAAUCAAGGACUUAAGCUGCUCAAUGCCUAAUGAAUCCAACCGAAUUAUUGAUGCAAUUCCUAUAAUGUCUAUCCUCAAAAAAAGACACGUUGAUAAAGAGGAAUGGGGAAGCCAAGCGCUU